GCGGCUGGUGGAGCGGCUGGAGACCAUGAGGCGGAACGUGAUGGGGAAUGGCCUGUCCCAGUGCCUGCUCUGUGGGGAGGUGCUGGGCUUCCUGGGCAGCUCGUCGGUGUUCUGCAAAGACUGCAGGAAGAUGUGACUCCCCUCCCCCAGCCGGGGGCUCCGAGCCAUGGCCGACACCAUCUUCGGCAGCGGGAAUGACCAGUGGGUUUGCCCCAAUGACCGGCAGCUUGCCCUUCGAGCCAAGCUGCAGACAGGCUGGUCUGUGCACACCUACCAGACGGAGAAGCAGAGAAGGAACCAGCACCUCAGCCCGGCGGAGGUGGAGGCCAUCCUGCAGGUCAUCCAGAGGGCCGAGCGGCUGGACGUCCUGGAGCAGCAGAGAAUUGGGCGGCUGGUGGAGCGGCUGGAGACCAUGAGGCGGAACGUGAUGGGGAAUGGCCUGUCCCAGUGCCUGCUCUGUGGGGAGGUGCUGGGCUUCCUGGGCAGCUCGUCGGUGUUCUGCAAAGACUGCAGGAAGAAAGUCUGCACCAAGUGUGGGAUCGAGGCCUCCCCGGGCCAGAAGCGGCCCCUGUGGCUGUGUAAGAUCUGCAGUGAGCAAAGAGAGGUCUGGAAGAGGUCGGGGGCCUGGUUCUACAAAGGGCUCCCCAAGUAUAUCUUGCCCCUGAAGACCCCUGGCCGAGCUGAUGACCCCCACGUCCGACCUGUGCCAGUGGAACCCGCAGAGCGAGAGCCCAGAGGCUCCGAGACCGGCCGCAUCUACACGUGGGCCCGAGGAAGAGAGGCUGAUCCAGCUGCCCAGCUGCCCACCUCAGCAUUGGGAAUGGAAGGCGACGUGAUUGAUGAGGCUCUGGACAUAUCCAACAGCUUAGAGAUGCCCACACAUGCCAGCCAGCGCCCAGCCUUGGUAAGUGCAUCCACUUGUCACCUGGUCCUGGCAGCAGACACGGAGCAGCCAACCGCAUGUCACUGGUAGAGAAAUCGAGCCAGGCACUGGGAAUGCAAUGACAGUUUGCACCAGGAAGGUUUGCACCAGGGCGAUUUGCACCAGGAAGGUUUGCACCGGGACGGUUUGCACCAGGAAGGCAGGGGCAGCAGAAUCACAAUUCCCUGAGCGCCAGUUGCACAGUGGGCACUGUGUACCCAUCUUCGCCUUUAACUCACACAAGCUUGUUAUUAUUCUCCCCCGUUGCUGAUGAGACCCAGGGCCUGUUAAGCAACUUGCCCAAAGUCUGGCACACUUAGGAGGAGGCUCCCCUGACUUUUGAUUCUAAGUCUGCCUACUCCGUGACCUAUGCUCUUUCUAGAAAGUAGACACCUGCCCAGAUAACACCACUUCUGUCCCUUGGGGAGGCCCCACCCCAUUUCAGCUGGGCUCAGAGCUGGGCAAAUUCAGACCUAGAGUGGAUUUCAACUCUGCCACCUGCCAAAGGCUGGACCCCAACAUGCCAUGUGUUUCUCCAGUGGGCAUCCUGGGGUUUCCUGGCUCCAUGCUUAGGAGGCUGGGCCCUCCACCUGACUUCUUCCAAACCCUCCCCGAGAGCCAGCUCCUGCAGAGCCAAGAGCCAUGAGCUGAUCCUCCAAAAACCAGACCCCCAAGAGAAGCGGCCAGGAGGGAGCAGCCAGCUCUCGGUGAACACAGUCACAGGGCCUUGAUGUUAAAAGGGCAAGGCUCAGGGGUCAGGAUGUCCAGGUCUCAUCCCCAGUCUGCCUCUUGCUAGUCACUUGACCUCCCGCAGCCUCAGUCUCCCCAACUGUAAGAUGAUGACGACACCCUGUAGCUCCUUAGUAAAGGAAUGAUAAAAUGACAGCUCAGCUUCUGCAUUUUAAUACCUGUGUUAUUAUAUAAUCAUUUUGUGAUGCAGCCACCUCUGGCACAGAAAAAGUCACUCUGUGCCUAUUUAAGGAUUAAUCCCCUUAAGCAUUCCUGGAAAUGAGAGCCCCUCUGUGCCAGGCUGCCCUUCCAGGCUCUUCUGUCCUUCCCUUGGCCUUUGGCUCUUGGAAGGCUGAAUAUUUCUCCCACCAGGACCUCAGACUAUCUUUAGGGAACCCCCAGGCCAGUCAUUCCCACUGUAUCCCCUGAGGCUCUUGGCCUCCUUCCCUCCUUCUCUUCCUCCUCCUUUUUUUCCCCCUCCUUCCCCUCCUCCUCAGUUUGGGCUUCCCAUGUCCAAGAAGCCUCAGGAUGAGCUUUGGGAACAAGGUUUUACCUGUGUUUCCAACUCUGCUCUGAGCCUCUGAGCUCUGUAGUGGAGGGGAGGAGAGGGAGAAGGGAGGGCAAGUGGAAGCAUCAAAAAGGACACUGGGCUGUCAUCGCAGCUCUGCCGCCAGCCAGCAGUCCCCCUGGGCACAUCCUUGUGCCUGAGCGCUAAUUUCCUCACCUGUGAAAUGGGAACAGCAGGCCCUGCCUACAUCCUGGGGUGGUUUAAGGAAUCAAUGAGAUGACAGCUGUGAAUGUUCUUGGCACAGUACAACGUAUGCCAUGUGUUCCUCCAGUGUUUUCAAAGGCCGGUAGUGCCCGCCACCACCCAGUUCAGAACUCAGUACGAAACAUGAAUUUCUCAUCACUUCU